UUUUUCUCACUUCAGUUCCAGCUAACUAGAAAACAACAUGCUGUUGAAAGUUGACAGUCUUUGCUAUCCUUAAAUCAAAAAAAGGAUUAUGCAGAACAUUAUCAAUAUUGUUUUCCUUAUUGUUGCAGGAACUUGGGCCCAGAUUGCUAUCCAGAGACCUGCAGAGAUUGUAUAUAAAUUGUCUCAGAAUGCCACCUUCCCCUGUGAGUUCAUACACACCCCAGUCCAGCAGGUGGAAAAGAAUCCAAUAAUUUACUGGCACAAUAUGUUUCAGAGCAAUAUGACUAGGCUCUGGCCAACAUCAGGGUUACAUUACAAGGAUCGUGUGGAGGUUCUGGACAGUGACCUCAACUCACGAAACAGAUCUCUCCUACUUAAGAAUGUCCAGUGGGAGGACAGCGAAGGGAAGUACGAGUGUAAGCUUUCUUAUAGGGCCGGUGGACAUAGUGCCAGGACGAAAGGGAAUGGCACCAAGCUGCUGAUAUAUGAUUCGUUAAGUUUUCAUCCAGUGAAUAACACACUUCUGUGUGCUGUGAAUGUAUCCUGGGACCCACGGUUUGUGUUGUCCGUCCGGCACAAGGGAUCUAAAGCGUCCCUUGUCCGAAGCGCCACUGGUCCUUUUCAACUCAUCACGCCGUUGUCUAUAAGCCUCCCACUGGAGAAGAACAAGGACUAUGAGUGUCAGCUCAACCUGAGCUCCACCGUUCUACUGAAUCAGACCUUCAAACAACCAGUGGAGACAUCAGAGAAGGAGCUUCCUGAACCAGUGUUUCUGUUCGUGGCUAUCCUCCUAGUCCCCAUCACUGUAUUCCUGGCUCUGCUCAUAGCAGUGCUUAAAAAAGUCUGACAGGAGAGAGCCAGACUGAUGACUCAGCUGGCUUUAGUUUACCAAAACACACGGGAGGACGGCCUGUAAUAACGGCUGAAAUGGAGUGCGUAGAAAUGGAAUCAACUCAUGAAAAUACAAUUAAUUCCGUUCCAGCUAAUACUAUGAGCCCAUUCUACUUGAUGAAAGUGGCAGCACAUUAUCCUGAAACACGCUGACUUCAGGAAUGGAUGUUUUAUUAUAUUUUUUUUUAUAUUAACAUUACUUAUAUUAACAUUAGUCUGGGCCUCAAUUUUUCCACUCACUCUUUUUUUUAGUAAUUCAAAAAAAUCUACAGUACAGUAUUUACAAUUCUAUAUUAUUAUCUUGUAUGUUCUGCACACAUGGCGACACUGCAAAAUAAACUACAAAGAACCAUGAUUGUGUAAUGAAACAUUGAGGAAUGCACCUAAGCUGAAAUGUUUGCAUUUGAUUAGAAAACCUGUGUGUAAUAAUAGACAGAGUGUGCUUAAAACACAAGGAAACAGAAUGUGCUUAAAAUAAGGAAACACCAGAAGUGUUUCUGGUGUAUAUGAAAUAUAAAUAAUUUCAUAUAUUUUGUAUAUUUUGAUUUUGCC